GCGGCCGGCUGGCCUGUUGGAACUUUUCUGCUUUCGUUGUCUCUGUGGCCCGGCCACGCUUUUCCGGCUCGGGAUCGCGGAGUGCCCUGAAGUGGGGCGCCUCGCCGGGACCCGCGUCCCGCCCUGUGGGCCGGUGCUGGGACCCUGGUGGCUCUGCAGGCCUUUCUCCCCGAUAAACCGUCACCGGAGCCCCGGUCGCCAGUACUUCUUGGGGCACCCGGGGUAACUUCGCUGUUUCCCUAACUUGAGAACUCGGGUGCCGGAGACCUUGGCGGCGCCCGAUUUGGUUCUGUCCGACUCUGUAAUUUCGGUUGUUCUGGAAGACAAGAGGGAUUCUCUCUUUGGUCACCUAGCACUGAUCCCAUGGCUGCCAUGCAGAUGGAUCCUGAGCUUGCCAAGCGCCUCUUCUUUGAAGGGGCCACUGUGGUCAUCCUGAAUAUGCCCAAGGGGACAGAGUUUGGCAUUGACUACAACUCCUGGGAGGUGGGCCCCAAGUUCCGGGGUGUGAAGAUGAUCCCACCAGGCAUCCACUUCCUCCACUACAGCUCUGUGGACAAGGCCAAUCCCAGGGAGGUGGGGCCUCGUAUGGGCUUCUUCCUUAGCCUGCAGCAGCGAGGCCUGAUAGUCCUGCGCUGGAAUGCCGUCCAAGAAGAGGUAGACCUGUCCCCAGCCCCAGAGGCUGAGGUGGAGGCCAUGAGGGCCAACCUCCAGGAGCUGGACCAGUUCCUGGGCCCUUACCCAUAUGCCACACUCAAGAAGUGGAUUUCACUCACCAACUUUAUCAGCGAGGCCACAAUGGAGAGGCUGCAGCCCGAGAGCCGGCAGAUCUGCGCCUUCUCAGAGGUGCUUCCCGUGCUCUCCAUGAAGCACACCAAGGACCGCGUGGAGCAGAAUCUACCUCGCUGUGGUACUGAGUGCAAAAGCUACCAGGAGGGCCUGGCCCGGCUGCCAGAGAUGAAGCCCAGAGCCGGGACAGAGAUCCGCUUCUCAGAGCUGCCCACACAGAUGUUCCCGGCAGGUGCCACGCCAGCAGAGAUAACCAGGCACAGCAUGGACCUGAGCUAUGCCCUGGAGACGGUGCUCAGCAAGCAGUUCCCCAGCAGCCCCCAGGAUGUGCUUGGUGAACUCCAGUUUGCCUUUGUAUGCUUCCUCCUGGGGAAUGUGUACGAGGCCUUUGAGCACUGGAAGCGGCUCCUGAAUCUCCUGUGCCGCUCGGAAGAAGCCAUGGUGAGGCACCACACCCUCUACGUCAACCUCAUCUCCAUCCUCUACCACCAGCUCGGCGAGAUCCCGGCCGACUUCUUUGUGGACAUUGUCUCCCAGAACAACUUCCUCACCAGCACCUUACAGGUUUUCUUUUCCUCCGCCUGCAGCGUUGCCGUGGAUGCCACCCUGAGGCAGAAAGCUGAAAAGUUCCAAGCUCACCUGACGAAGAAGUUUCGGUGGGACUUUGAGGCAGAGCCAGAGGACUGCGCCCCAGUGGUGGUGGAGCUCCCUGAGGGAGUAGAGACUGGCUAACUGGGAAUACUGUCGGCCAGGGGAGGUCCCUUCCCCCACGGCUGCUGUGCUGGCCUCUCCAUUCACCCCUUCCUUCUGGGACCUGUGGGGGUAGCGGCCCCACCAGGUUCUGCAAAGAUGGAGCCAGAAUUCCCUCUUUCACCAAUAAAUAAGUUUCUUCAGUGCCCAACAGGCCAUAUGCAUCCCGAAGGCACAUUCAUGGGUUCCCGUCAUGGGAAGGCUAACCUGACCAGAUUCCAUACGGGCUCUUUCAGAAGCUCUCGGGAGAGACCUGCCUCAGCAGCACCCUGCUUCCUUCUGAAGGAGAAGAAUAUGAGCCAGUAGCCUAAGAAAACUGAUUGUUUAUUCCAUAGGAUGGUUAGAAAACAAGAAACCCUGGACUGCGCAGUGUCUGAGCUAUCAGUUGGUGAUUUAAAAGUUAAACAGGGUGCUAGGGAGAUGAGCUAGAAUUUCUGCCUGUUAUUGAAUGGGAACACAUCACAGAAGACAUGGGCAUGGGACCACUCAGGAGCUCCAGACUGGGGAGAGGGGACCCAGAAGACCAUUGGGUUGAGUCUGACAAGUGGGCAGCUUUGGCUUUCUCCAAAUAAGUCCCUUCCUUCUGUCCAGAGGUCCCAGUGGGUAGUUGUCCGAGACUGCUGUGGCUUCUGACCUCAAGGGACUUCCUAAUGCCACGUCUCUCCCAUCUGUUCCAUUCUGAGGCCUCAGACCCAGAGGUGAGACUUGGCAACCCUUCCAUAUGGCCCCAUUCCUCACCAGAGCCACCAUGACUCUCUCCAAUGACCUGGAGAUUCAACAACAAAGAGAGAGGUUCUUGCUCUGGAGAGGCUUCUUUGGCCCCGUUGAAGUUCUGUGCCUUUAUUCAGGGCUCUGGAGAUGACCUGGCCAACCUAGAUCUUCCCAGUCCUGCUGUGGAGCUGUCAGCCACAGGAGUAGUGAUGCUCCCAUUCCCUCGGAGUCCUGAGGGUGUGCCUGUCACACGCAGGUCCUUGCCACCCUGACCGCAAACCACUGUACUACGACAGGAGUCCCUGUGCCAUUCUUUUCCAAGGUGUGGCUCAACCAGGUUUCUGAAUGAGAGUCCAUGCUAGUUAAGACUUUUGGUUCCACUUGUUUCCUUGGAGAUGUUUUUCCCAGAGCAUAAUGUACAUUAAAGUCUUUGAGUUGAGA